AUGCAAACACAGCUUAACUCUACUUUGAAUGGUCUGACUGCCACUUUACAAGCUCUCAUCUCCCGGAUGGAUUCAUCACCUAAUUCCACACAUCAACCUUCAAGCUCCAGUGGAAUUCCUUCUCAACCACUGCCUAAUCCCAAAGGUGGCAUCAACGCUAUCACUUUGAGGUCCGAAACCACAUUACAGGAGAGGAACCAUGAGGAGCCAAGCCCACCAGAACACGUGCCAGCAGAGGAUGUGGUGGAAGUGGAAGAUGCUGAAGAGGAAGAGGACGUAGAAGACAUAGUUGAAGAAGAAGAAGUUCAACCACAGAAUGAAGCACCAAGGGAUGCAGAAGCUACAAAUAGCGCCCUUCCUGUCCCAUUUCCACAACUUACAAGGAAGCCCAGAAAGCAGAUGAAACUUGAUCCCAAAAUGGUAGAAAUAUUCAAAAAGGUCGAGGUAACUCUUCCCCUUUUUGAUGUUAUUCAACAGUGCUACAUUAUUGAAGAAACUGUAGCUGAAGUUCACCAGGAAGAAUUAGAGGAGAAGUACAUGGAGCAAGGUCCAAGUGUGGGGACACUUUCUGAAAACAAUGAGAACACUUUACCAUUAUCACCAGCCCCGGAUGAUCCAGAGCCUAGCUAUGACCAGAAAUUAGAAUUAAAGCCCCUUCCUCCACACCUCAAGAGACUAACAGGAUUACUGAAGAAGCAUGAGAUAAUUCACAAAGUAGCAACAGCUUACCAUCCCCAUACCAAUGGGCAAGUAGAAGUCUCUAACAGAGAAAUUAAGCAUAUUCUGGAGAAGAUAGUAAAACCUCAAAGGAAGGACUGGAGUGCCAGGCUACAAAAUGCACUCUGGGCAUAUAGAACAACGUACAAGACACCUAUUGGGAUGAGUCCCUUCCGCUUGGUAUAUGGAAAGGCUUGCCACCUCCCAAUAGAGGUGGAACACAAGGCUUUCUGGGCCGUAAGGGAGUGCAACAUGAAUUUUAAGAAAGCUGGUGCUGAAAGAAAGCUGCAACUAGCAGAACUAGAGAACCUUCGCCUAGAAGCAUAUGACAACUCUAGGCGUUACAAGGAGAAAAUGAAGGCUGUCCAUGACAAGCAUAUAAAAAGGAGAGAAUUCAGACCAGGGGAGUUAGUUCUUCUAUAUAACUCCAGACUGAGGCUUAUGCCAGGUAAACUGCGAUCAAGAUGGGAAGGCCCCUACAGAGUAGAAAAGGCAGAGCCAUACGGAGUUUUCCACCUGCGUCAUCCUACUAGCUCCAAAUUUCUAAAGGUCAAUGGACAUCGCCUAAAGCUUUACCAUGGAGAAAAUAUUAAGGAUCAUAAGGAACUGGAGGUCUUCCUCUUGGAAGACCCACCAAUAGAAGCAGAAUGA